ACCCUUUCGCUAGCCGCAUCCUCUUCCGACCUCCAAGAUGAAACCACUACCCCAAGACCAGCAAGCCCUGCUGGACGAGGUAGCGGACCUCGAAAGACGACUUCAAGAUGCAAAGGCCCGGCUGAACCCAGCUGCCGUAGUUGCGACUCCCCCUUUCUCGCCGCUUCCCAAUGCCGGUCCAUCCCCGCCUGUACCCCCCUUCUCCCCCGCCGAACAAGACGCUGCCCUACAUGCCCUACUCCUGCUCGCCGACUCGGCCCUACCACUGGGAUCUUUUGCUUUUAGCAGUGGCUUAGAGUCGUAUCUCGCGCAUCACAAGCCAGCGACGCCCUCGGCAUCACAGUUGCCGGCCUUUAACACGUUCCUCCGCCUCUCACUAUCAACGCUUGCCAGCACGUCGCUCCCAUACGUAUUUGCCGGGUACCGCGAUCCACAAGAGAUUGAAACUCUGGAUAAUGACUUUGAUGCGAGUACACCGUGUACUGUGGCACGACGAGCUAGCAUAGCACAGGGCCGGGCGCUGCUCGCUGUUUGGGAUCGAAGCUUCCGAGCGCAGUACAACAGUCCCGAGCGACACAUGCGUGAUUCCAGCUUGAAUGGAAUUGCAGAAAAGAAUACAGCCGUCGAGACGCUUGCAUCCUUUUCUGCCGCCCUCCGCACGUCAGAGCACAUGAACGCCCACCUUGCCCCGCUAUGGGGCCUCAUCACCAGCAUCCUGCAUGUUCCACUGCAGCAAGCUGCCUAUCUGUUUCUGUUUUCCCAUGCGAGGACAGUGGUCAGCGCUGCUGUGAGAGCUAGCGUCAUGGGCCCUUAUCAGGCGCAAGCAGUGCUGGCGAGUGCAGAGCUGCAAGAGAGGAUUCGUGGGCUGGUUGACGAAGGCUGGGAUAAGACGGUCGAGGAUGCAGGACAGAGUGUACCAGUCAUGGACCUCUGGGUUGGUAGACACGAGAAAUUAUAUUCGAGAAUCUUUAAUUCAUGACAAAGAGACGAUCUGUUAUCGUAGAUAAACGAGCGACCUGAGCGAACUUGGUAGCACGUACAUAUUCGAGCGAUUUCUCAUCUUAUGGCGGAAAAUGCGCGCUAUGUAACUGCAGUUACAACAGAUGGAUUCAGUGUUAUCUGACCACGGACUUGUGGUAAGUGUCGGGUCGUGGAUGGUUUCAGCCAGUAGCCGUGCUACAACGACCUCGUGCUUGGUCGAUUCGCGCAAACAGCCAUUUUGCUUAUACCGCGUGACCGCUCGCUGAACCACACGUGCAAUACAGCGUCCGACAUAGUCAGACACCGGUACUGCUUCUUUUCUAUAGGAUAUUUGUCAAACCAUGGAUGCCUGGGUGUGCCAUGAGCAUUGCGACUGCACCAUCGCUGACCCAUCACCAUGCUAUCCUCAAGUAUAACCAAAUGGAUCUUAAGUAUCCUCACCCUGACUAGUCCAUCUAACAAUGUCAAUCAAGCUCCUCUUGUUUCUCUCACCA